UCGCACUUUCAACUUCUCACGAAAUCAAUUCGUCGCCGUUAUCGCCAACUUCUCACGAAAUCGAUUCGUCGCUGUUAUCGCCAACUUGUCAUGAAAUCGAUUCGUCGCCGUUAUCGCCAACUUCUCAUGAAAUCGAUUCGUCGCCGUUAUCGCUGCGGAGAUUACUUUUUCUAG